GAUGUUACUUCUACUUGCUGUAAAUUACCGCGUAGUUUUAAGAAUACAUACCUAUCAAUUACAAAGCGGUAUAUACCGGUAUAUAAAAAUCGGCCUUAGUGUAGGGUUCCGUAGUUACCAUUCUGUCAGAGCUAAACGGGGCUAUUAGUAAGUAUCAUGUAAGUAUAAUUUCCCUACUAAGAAGAGAAGACUUUUUGCAAUAAUUCAAAAACGGAUGGACCGAUCAUAUUCGCUAUAGUUUUCAUUGAAAGUAUUUAUUACCCCACAUCAUUGGGUUAAAGAAAAAAAAAAUGUUUUGUAUCGGAGGUACCCUAAAAAGGUUUAUUGUAGUUUUAUUUUACCGUUCUGUCACCAUGCAUGAUUUAUGUAUCCAUGCUAAAUUGCUGCUUUCUAGCACUAACGAUCACGGAGCAAAGCCACGGAUAGACAAACAGACGGACAUAAUGGCGAAACUAUAAGGGUUCCUAGUUGACUACUGAAUCCUAAUAAAAACGAAAUCGGUAUGUACUACUAAGUACUUUAUUUAUUUUAAACUUUAUUGCACAAUAAAAAUAAGUACAAAUGGCGGACUUAAUGCCUUAAGGCAUUCUCUACCAGUCAACCAUAGGGCAAAACAGAAAUCCUCGAAUGUGGGUGCAGUGAGAAAAAUAAUUAAAAAGAUAUGACAACUAUAAAAGUAAUUUUAAAAAACUAUUUAAACUAUUUACUGUGCCAAAACUGCCAAAUUAAUAGAAAAUUAAUAAUUAAGUAUGUAAUCUAUAUGUAAUGUAAUGUAUGUAAGCAAGUUACGGAAAGUUACCAAAAUGUAGAAGUUUUCUGAUUAGAAUUGUUAUCUUGAUCACGAUUUGUCUUGUAACAAAACCUGAGGUCCUACCGUGAAAAACGAAUACAUAAAUAUCUGCCUCUCUUUCGCUCGAAUAUGCAAGAGCGAUAGAAGCAGAUAACGAAGUUUCGUUUUUCUCGGUACGCCGUCUGGAACCGCGAACUUCGAAAUUUCAUUCAACGUCAGUCCAAGAGCGGUAGAAAUGGAUUCUGACUGCAGUAUGCAGCGAACCUCGCCUGACCAGAAAUAUAUGAUCACGCGCCAUAUUGCGGAAUUUCAUUGGAACUAAAAUUAUCAUACUAAACUGAAUUGUCACCCUAUACAUAAAAAGAACAGCGCCCUCUUUACAAUGAUCAUAUAUUUCUGGUCGGGCUUUACCGAUGUUUGCGACAGCCUCUUGAGGUGCUAAGAUGCCCUUCAAGUGCAUUUUGGACGAAACCUGCAUUAAAGUAGAAUUAAAAUACCUACUUAGAUACCUAUGUCCUUAUUAAAUAAUAAAACCAAGUUAUAGGUAACAUUAAAUUGGAUACCUAAUAAGUAAUGUAGCUAAGUACUGAAUACCAUUGAGAACGGGUUAUACUGUAAGGAAAAUUUUCAUUCAGUCAGCUCUCGAGUGUAGUUUUAAUCUAUAAUUAUAUUUAACAAUUUGCCGUAAAUCAUCUAUCGAUUGUGACAAAUUGCCUGAAGGUCAUGGUUAAAUAUGAAAGGAGGUAAGGUAGGGUCCAUAACUUGGAGAGCAAAUAUGCAAAUAUUUUUCACGACGCAGGGUUAUUCAUUCAGUGUCCUUCAAAAAUGCGUUGGUGUAGGGUAACGUUAAAAUAGUCUAGUGGCCCAUUAAAAUACUCCCCUUGUCACCUCAUUUCCAUGCUAUUAUGCGCAGUCAUUACGCCACCACAAAGUUGCAUUCGUUAAAACAUGAACCGAAUUGAAUUUCCAUAAAAUCGAUGAAACCGAGAUAGUAGAUCUGAUUGCAGUCGGUCAGUGGGCCAUUAAUCCGAGGUACGGAGUGACAGUGAUUGUUAAAUAAUGAAGGCGUGUGGGGCUGGAGUGAGCACGGCGGCCCAUUGAGCAGCGUCGCGCGACGCGAGUGCGGUGUGACGUCACGGGGCGCCGCCGCCGCCCCGCGCCUGCGCCCGCCUAUCGAGCGGCAGGCAUGUGCCCCUUACAGCCGGCCGACCGCUCCGCCCGACCGACUCACACUUUUUUAUUUUCCCUCCGUACGUAGUGACCGCUGUGACAUCCCGGUAAUAACAUAGAAACCGUAGUCCGCGAGCCGAAGACGCGCGCUGUGAUCACGGUUCGGGGGUCCCGCGCCGCCGCCCCGAGCGCCCGCCUCGAUUCCAAAAUGGCAGGAUGUAGGCCGAGGCCUGGGGCGCGAGCCUGUGACGGUGCGGUUUGGCUCGCGUGAGGCAUGUGUCCUGUUACAUAAAUGUUACGCAAGCUGAGGACGUGCCCACUCAAAGGUGCAACUGUAACACGAACUAGCCCGCUAGCUUGGUGCAUUGUGCUCUGGAUCCCAUGUAAUCCGCGGAAGAAGCUGCCUCGCAGAGAAUGAGCGGUUACGGCGGCGGCAUGUCCGGCGACUCGGACGCGCUGUCGCGGCGGCUGCGCGACGCGGAGCGCGCACGCGCCGACGCCGAGCGCGCGCAUGCCGACGCGCUCGCGCAGCUCCGUUCCGCGCAACGCAGCCCGCUUGACGCGCACACCGUCGAUCAGCUGCAGUCGCGGGCAAGGGAGCUGGAGAAGAAGGCGGCGUUAGAAACGGUGCGGUGCGAGGAGCUACAACUCGAGCUGUCGGCAUCUCUACGCGCGCGCGGCGCGCCGGCUGCCUCCUGGAGCCAGCAGCCGCACCAGCAGCCCGCCUCCGAGAUCGAGCGCAUCAUGGCCAAGAUCGAGCAGGACAACCGCAUCCUUGCCGAGCUCGAGCACACCCGCUCCACCACGCACGGUAGGUUGCACAGAUGUAUGCAAACGAGUGGUUCCAACCAAGCGCUGGGGGAUUUCCACUCCCCGGCGCCGUCACCGUUGCCGCACUCGUACACGAGCGCGGGGCACCACCCGGUCGCCAUCUGCCAGAGCAACACCAUGCCCACGCUGUCCUCACUUCAUGCCACCGGCCAGUUCACGGCGCCCAGCUCCAACUCCGUCGCUUACUCCAUGAGCGCGCAUAACCCUACCUCUUAUACGAACCCUGUCUCUGCCUACUCAACAAACACCUACGGACUGACGAAUCCCUCUCACCAAGUCACCUUCACAAACCCUGUUACAGCCCCACUUGUCAACAACAUUGGACAAUUAUCGAGCACUCUAGCGGGGUUGCAGAGCAACUUACAAAAUAUUACUGGCAACGUAUCAGGCAUAAGUUUAGGAGGAGGCUUGACGGGACCGACGUUGACAGGAACCAUGGCGGGAUCUGGGUUGACGAGCUGCUUGAACAAUGUGCAGACCAGUUUAUCUGGAGGAUUGACUAGCACUCUCGGAGGAAUGCAGUCGACAUUGACUGGAGGGUUGGGAAACGCCCUUUCCAACCUGACGACUGCCACGCAACUGGGAGGAUUAAAUACGAGCCUGAGUGGCACUAAUGUAUAUGGUGCUGGGACUGGAACCUACACAAAUCCGUUACUGUCUAGUGGAAUAGGAACGAAUACUAUGAACAUUAAACUGAAGCCGCUAGAUGAAAUAGACCUCGGGAUCGGGAGAUAUGGGACGACCACGUCAGGCGUGGGGCGAGUGGCGACGCCCGUCACGCCACAUCAACCCGGGUGGAGCUUAGGAUUAGAUAGCCAAUUUGGAACUGAUAGAUUAGGUGCAUUAGAUUCGGGUUUCAGCCAUGAUCGAAAUCAAAGAGCUUUGUCGAGAAUCAUGCCUAACUCUGGAUUGGAAAUGGACAUUCGGAAUACACAUUAUAUGAACGGCACCGCCCCAAGCCAGGAGGGUCAGGUAGACAUGCUGGACAUUCCUGGCAAAGGGCGUUGCUGUGUCUACAUCGCCCGGUUUUCUUACGAUCCACCAGAUAUCGAGAGCGCGGAAGGGGAGCUGUCCGUGAGCGCAGGAGACUAUCUGCUGGUGUGGGGGCCGCCGGACUCGAACGCUGCCAUGCUGGACGCCGAGCUGCUGGACGGACGCCGCGGCCUCGUGCCCGCAAACUUCGUCCAGCGGCUUGUGGGCGACGACUUAUUAGAAUUCCAUCAGGCUGUAGUAGCCACACUCCGAGACGCUGACGAAUCGGCGACGACAGCCAUCAGCGACCUCUCGCUCAGUCGCGACGUCGCGCGGCUUAGCGAGGUGGCUGACCUCAGCGAGGGACCUGAAGAUGACGACAACGUCCCGGCGCCGCGGCAGCUGACCCUGGAGCGGCAGCUCAACAAGUCCGUACUCAUCGGCUGGACAGCGCCCGAAGGCGUCCAGCAAGCCAAUAUCGAGAGCUACCAUGUAUACGUCGACGGAGUUCUCAAGACAACCGUGAAGGCUUCGGAGAGGACACGCGCGCUGGUCGAAGGCGUCGAUUCUAAUCGGCCGCACCGCAUUAGCGUGCGUUCAGUGACAGUCACGCGGCGCACGUCCCGCGACGCAGCCUGCACCAUGGUGAUCGGGCGGGAUACGGCCAACAUGGGUCCGACGUGCGUGCGCGCCAGCGGCGUGACAUGCUCGCAGGCUGUUAUCUCUUGGCUGCCGGCUAAUUCGAACCAUCAGCACGUCGUUUGCGUUAAUAAUGUUGAGGUUCGAACAGUAAAGCCCGGAGUGUACCGCCACACGAUCACCGGUUUGUCUCCAAGCACACAGUAUAGAGUAACGGUCCGAGCAAAACACUUACGAGCCGGACCGCCGUCUGGUAUACCUAUAGAAGAGGCCCCCGGGGCCUACACGGACUUCCGAACGCUCCCCAAGGGCCUCCCCGACCCGCCCGCCGAGAUCAUGGUGGAAGCGGGCCCGCAGGACGGCACGCUGCUGGUGACGUGGCAGCCCGUGCUGCGCCCGCCCGCCUCCGGGCCCGUCACGGGGUACGCUGUCUACGCGGAUGGCAAGAAGGUGACCGACGUCGACUCUCCUACCGGGGAUCACGCGCUCAUCGACAUCGGAAAGCUGAUAGGCCUCAAUCCCAAAUGUGUCACAGUUCGUACGAAGUCUCGCGACAGUCAGUCGGGAGACAGCGCGCCAACGCCCAUCCCGCCAGCGGUGCUGCGCGGGGUUGUGAACCGUGGGCCUCGGGGUCCCAUGGGCCCUAUGGGCCCUAUGCCGCCGGGGCAGCAACAAGGCUUCCGUGCCCAGCAACGCCCGCAGGCCUACCAGCAGCACCAGCAAGUGCUAGAACACGACGAGAACCUCUCGGAUAAGGAGAUAUUCCCCUCCGCCAAUCGACACGAUCCGCAUGCCGCUCAGCCCGCGAGUGGAUUCGGCACAGGCCUCCUAAAGAGUAUAUUCGACAAAAUAACCCCUUCGCAAUCGGGGAUACCGGCCAUCGAAAUCACUAAAGAGGGAGCGGCGGAGCUGGGUAGUGAGGACGACGAACGCCGCCGCCAGCAGCAGCAACCGUCCCAACCAGCGCAAGCGUCGCAGCAGCCAUCGGGUCAGCCGUACCCGAAUACACAAGCCUACCAUGGCACGCAGCAACCCCCCUAUCAACCACAGCCAGCCGGCCAGUACCCAAGUAGCCAGCCUCCGUACCCUGGUGCCCCGGGGCCCGCGGCCGGCCCCAUGCCGCCCUACAACCAACCCCCGCCGAGGAACCACCACGAGAGGGGCCGCCCUCCUAAUCCCCACCAGCAACAACAACAACAAGGGCAGCAGGGCGCGUACGGGCCGCGCGGGGGCGCCCCACAGGGGCCGAGGGGCGCCGCCCCGCGCCACCCGCAGCAGCACCCGCAGUCCAAACGAAGUCGGUACUUCAUGGCGCUCUUCGAUUACGACCCGGCAACUAUGAGCCCUAACCCGGAGAGCUGCGAUGAAGAACUGCCGUUUAGUGAUGGAGACAUCAUCAAGGUGUGGGGAGACAAGGACGCAGACGGUUUCUUCUGGGGUGAGUGCCGCGGGCGACGGGGCUAUGUGCCGCACAACAUGGUGGUGGAGGUGUCGGAGGCGGACGCGGGGCAGGCGGCGGCCAGCAAGCCCCGCGAUCGAUGGACGGACUCGUACGCGAACCAGCCUGUGCGCCGCAUGGUGGCGCUGUUCGACUACGACCCGCAGGAACUGAGCCCUAACGUGGAUGCUGAUGCGGAGCUAAGUUUCCACACGGGGCAGAUAAUUCACGUGUACGGAGACAUGGACGACGACGGCUUCUUCAUGGCGGAGAUAGAUGGCGUGCGCGGGCUCGUGCCCAGCAACUUCCUCGCAGAGCCAAACGACCAGUACGCGGGCACUGGCCAGCCUGGACAAGGCGCUGUGGGUGGCAGGGGCGGGGCGGCACUGCGCGGGCGCGGCGGCGGCGCGGCGCCGGGCCCGGGCGCGCGCGGCCCGCCGCCGCCGCCGCGCGACAACGUGGCGCCCGCGCCGCGCAACCAGCAGAGGAAAGAUGCCUGCCCUCUUCCCCCUUCUCAGUUAGACCACAACACUUGCGCCAGUAAUCCAGAACAGGUGAAUUCUCAGCAGGCGAGGGCGAGAGGCGCAGCGAGCGCGCCGGCGCCGGCGAGCACGAUCGCGCGCACGAGCGCUGGUAACGUCGGCACGCCCGUGCAGUCGCCCGCCGCCGGCGGGCUGGGCGGCGUUGGCGCGCUGGGCUCGCUCGGCAACAGCCCCGCCGCCGCGCCGCCCGCCGCCGCGUCGCCCGCGCGCCGCGCCGGGCCCGCCGUGGUCCCGCAGCCGGCCGUGCAGGCCGCUCCAGACGCCCGCGCAGCAGCAGCCGCCCACCUCCCAGCCCAACCUCAUGCAGAAGUUCACCGAGAUGACCGCCCCCGGCGGCGACAUCCUCAGCAAAGGCAAAGAGCUGAUCUUCAUGAAGUUCGGGCUGGGCGGCAAAUAAUGGCGGCGCCCCGGGCUCCGCGGCGCCGAGCCGCCGCGCGCCGCGUGACGGCCGCGGCGGACCGGCCGCGCGCGCCAGCGGGCCCGUGUUUGGUAUUAUCGCGCCCUGACCGAACGGUGCUACGCGCCGACGAGAGUACUGUAAGAAAUGUAAAUAUUAAAUGAAUUCAAUAAACGCACAGUCUAGUGAAUAUUCAAUAUUAGUGCUGUCUCGAUAGUUACCUCUCCACGGUCGGGGUGGAGUCAUCCGCCUCGAAUUAGUCGUGUACGUUUUCUAUCUCUCGGACAUCUUGCCCGUCUGUUAGAUUAUAUAAAUUGUUUACACAUUAUAGCAUUGUAACUGCAUAUUGUCGUAUGUAUAGAUAUGAAAUUAUAAUGAAGUUAUUGUCUAGUUGUUACUUUACAGUCCUCGUGGCAUAGUUGUUGUGAUUUUCUACGUUACGUUUACGAUCGCUAGCUGUGAGGUUUCCUUACUUACAAGCAGGAAUUAAACCUUUAAAUCUCUCUUUUUAUAAAUAUUGUUUGAAAUACUUAACUAGUCUGUUUCGGGUAAAAUAAUAAUAUACAAAAGUGCAAAGAUGUCCUGUUGCAACCGUCCUUCUGACCAAGAACUGUACUUAAAAGACUUUGAGGAUGCUCGAGUUUGCUGCAGGCGACAUCUAAGAGUCCGUUGACGUGUUUGACCAGAUACUGCAAGCAAUCCAUCGCUUUCCACAGCACAAGUGUGUCCUGUAGGUUCGCCACAGCUCACCAGGCAUGUCAACGUACACUGUUCUCACUGGUGACGUCACAAUAAAAGCACACGAACUGCUAAUAUGGUUCGCGAAUUUGUUCAGACGGAACCAAAUUGAAUAGUUUAUGGUCCGGGCCUUACCGAGUGAAACUGCCAGAAAAUAAUUAUAAAUUGAUCAUAUUCACGUACAUCAAAGUGAUAUCACCAUUAUUGUAAUAAUUCCUGCAUAUUUUUGAAGGUAGUGUAACAACGUUAACAACUUAAACUAUCUGAAGUAGGCAUUUUGUGCGAGCGUCAGCACGCCCCCACGAUAUUCUCGAAAUAAUAAUAUUCUGUGAUAGUAGACGUGAUACCAUCUUUAUCAUUCUAAUAAUAAUAAUUGUACUACAUUAAUAAUUCUGCGUCAUUUAUCACUAAGAAAUUUCGAAGAGGUCUAACUUCAAAUUGUUUUCCUUCGUAACUUAUAGCUGUCGAAAAAAGCCUGUUUAUUAAGACGAAAAUUAUAAGAGACAGCUAUCUUUACUCCUUGGAAAUACUAGGUAAUGUUUCAGUUAGACCAAAAUGAGGUAUUUAUACUAAAUCAUCCUAUAAAUUGUUUUUAGUUUAUGACUACAAGACUUAGUCUAUUAGUCUUUUGAGCCCCUUUCAGCGCGCAGGCAUGAUGUGUGCGCGCGCGUAGCAUUAUUAAAUAUUAUCCUCUUACGAGAUUAGCCUGCUGCGUGCUACGCAGAAGCAUUUAGUAGCUAAGCUGCUUUAAAAGGGAUAACAAUUUAUGUACCCCAUUUGUGUAGUCGCGAUAAUGGUUAAUACAAAUGCAAUCGUUUACGACAUUCAUUAUGCACUAACACCGAAAAAAAUUCGGAAGCCCUAUUAAAGUUACUUAGGGGAAAAAAAAAUGAAACAAAUUGUGUGUCCAUUCUGAAUUUCUGACGGAAUUGUUACUUAAUAAUAUUACGUUAUUUUAAAUGAUAUCCUAUUGGUUCUAUGGUUUAAUUAAGGUUAAUUUAGUCAACUAUUAUAAGAGUACUGACACAAAUAUUAUGUGUUCAUUCACGAUCAUGUUUGAUGUAGAUCGCUGACAUUUUUAACGAUUCAUUCCCAAUUAUACCGGCUAGGCACAGAUGGACAGUUGCUAAAAAUAAUGGGAAGAACUCAUACUCAUUUGUCCCCGCCGUCCACAGAUGGGAAUAGUUUCAUUCCCAUUUGUGCGCAUGGGGUGGGGACAAAUGAGAAUAGACCAGAAUAAGGUGCGAAAUUUAGAUUUUCGCGGUAAUCUCUCAGUUUUUUGACUUGUGUAAUGUUUUAGCGCUUCACAUACCUAACUUAAAGCGCGCGGUUGUUAUACGCGAUAAACGCAGCGUUAAACGCGAUGCGUUUGCCGCACAUCCAUUUUACAUUAGAUCAUCUAAUGACACUACAUUAUGUUACGCGGUAAACGAAGCGACAUUGUCAUUUUUCCUACAUCCGUUGAUCGCAUGCGUUCAACGCAGCGUUUAUCGUUUAAAAAAACAAACGUAGUCCUCAUUUUCCUCCUGGAUAUAUUGAUUUGACAUUGACAUUAUGAAAAAUAUUUUUACCGAAUUUUAUGUAUUUUAGUCAUAACUAUGCCCAACAGUUUGUUUUUUUUUUCGUUUUGUUAAUAAUAAUUCAGCCUAUAUACGGCCCACUUCUGGGCAGAGGCCUCCUCUCAUGCGCGAGAGGGCUCGGGCUAUAGUCCCCACGCUAGCCCAAUGCGGAUUGGGGACUUCGCAUACACCUUUGAAUUUCUUCGCAGAUGUAUGUAGGUUUCCUCACGAUGUUUUCCUUUGCCGAAAAGCUAGUGGUAAAUAUCAAAUGACAUCGAUUUCGAUUCUAUAAUUAUUGUAAAAGUUAGGAGCGAAAAACAGGUAAGUAUCAUACAAAUUUUCAAUGCUCAUAAUUCUUAUUAUAUUAAAAAUAUCGAAAAAAAUCAAACGGUCGGGCAUAGCUAUGAUUAAAACACAUCAAAUUGUGUAAAAAUAUUUUCAAUAAUAUCCAGAGAGUAAAAUGGGGACUACUUACGUUUAUAUGGAAAAGCAGUUUUGGGGGCGGUCGUCCCCUUUCGUCUUAAGGUGCGUGAAGCGCUUUAUAGAUGCUGAAUAAUGUCAGUGAUCUACUGAUUUAGUGAAAAUUGUAAAUAUGUUUUAGUGAAAUUAAUGUUUUCAUUCGCUUAAGACACUAAGCGUACAAAAUAAGUGUUACGCGACAGCUGUGUUUGUCUUUGCGGGCAGAUUUUGUGUUAUUAUGAAAUUCAUUAUUGAAUUGAUGUUGGAUCGUUGGAUUUGAAUGUGUUAAUAAAUGAAACCUUGCCUAAUUAGAAAUGGAAGGUUAGCUCGUCCCUCAUUUGACAAACCUGUGUCCAUGAAAGUUUAGCCAAGAUGCCUGUUAAUAGGUAUUUAUUUAUAUCCCGCAUCAUCAUAUUUUGUGCUAAGAAAAGAAGACUUUAAAUAACGGUAUCUUAGAUCGUUAACUAAAAUUGUUUAUUAUGCGUUGGCAAUUAAACUUAAACUCUAACUGUUGUACAUUGUAAAAUGGUUAACGAUUGAAGUGUCUGUUACAAGCGAAAAAAAGUUUGGCAUAACAAUUUGUCACUGCUAAGGAGAGAAAGUCAAUACCUAACGUAUUCACAUAACAAUAUAUCAAACUGGUAUCAAGGACUAUUUUCACAAUUACACUAGGUCAACUGUUACAUUUGAAAAUCGACACCCCAGUGCUAAAAACAUGGUGCAUAUACUUCGUGUUAAUACGACCACACGCGGUCUUAUAAUGUCUAUUCCCUUUCCUGUUAGUUUGCCGUUGCCAAACUUUUUUUUAAUUGAACGGGUGCUUAGGUCGGAUGGUUAUAAUGGCUCACAGGUGGUGACUGGCCGCCAGGAGCGCGCUUCGAGUAGGCUAUUUCAAGAUUGCUCACUUCGUACAAGGGAUUCAUAUUAAGUCCUUUAAAUAAUCGCUUCGGUAUACCCAGUUUAAACCUUUUAACAUAUAAAUCCAGAAUUAGCUUGCGAUUCCUAAUAAUAACCAUUCGUAUGUAAAAUGUAUUGCAACUGAUUAGUCCACGUGAAUGUAUAACUAUGUAUGUAUAAUUCGGUUGUUGUACAUAAUGCGCGCCUGCGAAUGUUUUAGCUAAGCACUACGCUACAUAUCUAUAUAAUGUAUGUAUAACCUGUACUAUUUGAACAUUUUCUAUCAUUAAUAAAUAUCUAGCGUUAUUUCUAACACCGUUCAAAGUUGUUCACUUGUUUAUACAUUGUUAUAAAUCUGUAUCCAUAUCUUUUAUCACGACUUGUACCGUGUAUGGUUAUUUAUACGAAAUAAUAUAAAUUAUGUAUAUUAAUCGUGCAUUCAUGUGUGCAUAAUUUAAAAUAAAGAGUUGUAUAUUAUAUUUAAUGAUGAACUAUGGCAAACACUAUAAUGGAUAAAUCUUUAACAAUGUACCAAUGAAAUAUGCUGAGACAAAAUAAAUAAUACAAAUGCCGCUUCUUUA